AUGUCGUCUUCCAUGCCCAUCCCCAAGCGGAAGAAGCCCGUCGUCGUCGCUGCGAGCUCCCCGGCGUCGUCGUCGUCCUCCUCUUCAUCGUACGGAAGCCCACCGACUCGAUCAUCGAAAGGGAAAGAGAGGGCGAGUGAGAGUGCUUCACCGAGACAAGAGGGAGGGGCGUUCAUGAUGAGGAGGACGAGAAACUCGCUGUCCAAGUCAGAGUACACGGUCAUCAACCUAGGCCAUGAGGAUGGGCCGCCUAGGCUGGUCACUUGCGUGAAAUCCUCACAGGGUUUCGAUUGGAAUCAAGAGCUCUUCCUCCCCUCAUACAUCGACUACGACCCCCAAGAUCUGGAGCAUCGCCCGGAUCCUGUGGAUGAUAUUGUUCUUACUGAUGAGGAGGCCGCGGCGAUUUUGCCUUGA